AUGAAUCUGGAUGGAAAUCGAAUACAUGGCGUCGAGAUUGUUUCAUUGGAACUUCCCAACGGUAUUUUAGGCGACAGCAGUGGGGAAGCGGAUGUUUCCAAGGACAACAACUAUGGUUACAGUGAACAGGGAAUGAAGGACCUCGAUGAGGUGAGCUACAGACAGCCCGGCUACUUGGGGAAUUAUGCUCGACCCAGGCAUGUCCCAGUGUACAUGUCCCAGUGUAUAGGUGUGCAUUACAGUAGUGAAGAUGGUGUACUUAGUCGAUCGACAAUAUCCGGGCUAAUAACGGCUUUGUUUGUGUAA